AUGCGUUUAGAUGGACAGGUGGCGAUUGUUACAGGUGGCGGCGGAGGUAUUGGGAAAGCAACGUGUCUCGCUUUCGCCAAAGAAGGUGCGGAUAUUGUAAUCCCUGAAGUGAAUUUAGCGAAUGCGGAAGCGGCUUCAGCAGAAAUAACUGCGCUCGGUAGGCAAUGUCGGGUAAUUGAAACAGAUGUAGCGGAUGGCAACUCUGUGCGUCAGAUGGUUCAGGAAACACUUGACACGUUCGGACGGAUCGAUAUUUUAGUCAAUAAUGCGGGUAUUUUUAGCUACACGCGUAUCGAUGCAUGCACGGAAGCGGAAUGGGAUCGGAUGAUGGCUGUGAACCUCAAGGGUCCAUUUCUCUGUUCACAAGCAGUAAUGGAAACGAUGAAAGCACAACGCUCCGGACGGAUCAUUAAUCUCGGUUCGUUGGCGGGACAGGUUGGAGGUUUGGUCGCCUCUGCCCCGUACUCGGCUUCAAAAGCGGGUGUAAUGUGUCUGACGAAAUCGUUGGCACGUGUGCUUGGAGAGUACGGAAUCACGGUGAAUUCCAUCGCACCGGGGGUAGCGGCAACGGAGAUGGCGAAAAACCAUCCCGACAUGACAGAUCAGAUUCCACUCGGACGGGUCGCUGAUGCCUCGGAGAUCGCGAGUGCCAUCCUCUUUCUUGCCUCAGAAGACGGGCGUUACGUGACCGGUGCGACACUUGAUGUCAACGGUGGGAUACGGAUGGCUUAA